CUCAUUUAUUUUAUAAACUUCAAAACUUCUUUAAUUUGUAAUUGAUUGUUAAAACGUUGUUGAACAAUUUUACGUAGGUACCUACCAGCGUAAUUACUGAAAGAUUAUGAAUUGAUUUUUUGUAAUGUGAGUGAGCAGUCUCAUCUCUAGUUGGUUUGUGUUGUAAGCAAAAUCACGAAGAGAAAUUGAAGCUUUGGUUUGGCUUUGGGGAUAAUUCAUAGUCAUCGUCGCUCGUGCCCGGGAUUAUUGUUUAGUAACAAUGUCUAUCGGAUCAGUGUAUGAAACUGCCUAUAAAGGUGAUUUUAAUCAAGUUAAAGUUAAAAUUGAUCAAAACGAGGCUUUAGCCAAGACUCCAGAUUCGAAUGGUAGACUCCUGUUGCACUGGGCAGCUUUAGGUGGCAAUGAAAACUUAGUAGAUUACUUGAUUGACUGUGGAUGUGAUGUGAAUGCAAUAGAUGAUACAAAUUCGACUCCUUUAAUAUUGGCUGCAUCAGCAGGAAGAUAUGAAGUAGUUCGAUUAUUAAUUGGUAGGGGCGCCAAUGUAAAUCAUAAAACGAAUCGUGGCCAAUCAUCUUUACACUAUGCCUGCUCCAAAGGUCACAUUGAGGUUGUAAAGAUUUUACUGGAUGCUGGGGCAAAUGUCAAUGAAAGUGAUGUCCUAGGAGCUACACCCUUGCACAGAGCUGCUGCUCAAGGGAGAAACAACAUUGUAGAACUGCUCUUGGAAACAUCAGAUGUCAAUGUUGACCUUUGUGAUUCAACAGGUUCUACUGCAUUGCAUUUAGCAUGUGAAGAGGAUCGAGAGGCUACAGCAUGCAUGUUGGUUAAAUCUGGUUCUAACAUGCAUAUUAAAAAUAAAGAAGAAAAGACUCCACUUGAUCUUUGUUCUUUAAAAUUAAGAAAAAUGUUGUCUGAAUUAUUGAAUUAGGAAUGAGGUAAUAAAAACAUAAAAACUAAA